GGAGCACUGGCUGGCUGGCGGCUUGAUAUCUGCAACGGUGGCAAUGCAGUUUGUGCUGUCGCAAUUAUAUUGAUGACGCAACUGGCGAAUUGCUCGAACCACCAACACAGCAACACACACCGACCACCAUGACCUCGAAGUUGUCGACGGAGGAUUUGCGCACGGAGAUCUUGAGCCGGCAGCGGGCCGGGAAAACCUACGAUGACUUGCAGUUUGAGUUGAGCCUGCGUCUGGUUGGAGCCACACAGCGGCACCUCGUGCAAGAAGCCAUCACCUUGCUCGAAGACCUCAAGCACAGGAAUGGGCCCAUCAGGGAUUAUCUGUACUUUCUCGCCCAAGCGUACUACGCCGUCGGCAAUUACCGCCGUGCGCGCCAAGAGCUCAAUGCGCUUCUUCGCAAAGAACCACACAACCAGCAGGCGCGCGCCCUUCUUGACACCAUCGCCGAGAAAGAGCGAGAAGACGGCAUGAAGGGCCUUGCUGUACUCGGCAGCGCUGCUGUCCUCGGUGUCGCUGCAGGCGUCGCCCUCUUCCGCGGCCUGCGACACUGACACACGCGUGCAGUGCAUACAUGCACCUUUUCUUGCGGACUUUGGUUGUUUGUGCACGUGUGCUGCUUGUUUUUCGCUGCUUGUGCGCCACAGCUCAUGUCAUUGGCACAGUCGGUGGCAGCUGCUUAUUGUUAUCUGCUGGAACACAUCCCCUUUUGCUUCCUUGAUGGCCAUGCGUCUUGCCUGGCUUCAUAUCACAUCAGUUACACAUCUCUAUCGGCAAUCGAGAACAGACGCACAACAGACGCACACAGGCC